AUGUCGAAAUUCGGUGUCCUCGUCAUGGGCCCAGCUGGCGCCGGCAAAACAACCUUUUGCACCGCUCUGAUCCAACACCUCCAAACCACCCGCCGCAGCUGCUUCUAUGUCAACCUCGACCCAGCCGCCGAAUCCUUCUCCUACGAACCAGACCUCGACAUCCGCGAACUAAUAACCCUUGAAGACGUGAUGGAAGAACUAGGUCUAGGUCCCAACGGUGGCCUAAUGUACUGCUUCGAAUUCCUGCUCCAGAACCUCGAUUUCCUAACCGAGGCCCUCGACCCGCUCACUGACGAGUACCUAAUCAUUUUCGACAUGCCAGGCCAGAUCGAGUUGUACACACACGUCCCGCUACUUCCGUCUCUAAUACAACAUUUGUCCCGCGCGGGGCCGUUGAAUAUUUCGCUCUGCGCUGCUUACCUAUUGGAGAGCACCUUUGUCAUCGAUCGCGCCAAGUUCUUCGCAGGGGCAUUGAGUGCCAUGUCCGCUAUGAUCAUGUUGGAGAUGCCGCAUGUGAAUAUCCUGAGCAAGAUGGACCAGGUCAAGGGGAUGAUUGGGAAGAAGGAGUUGAAGCGCUUCACAGCUGUAGACGUUCAAUUGCUGUAUGAGGAGAAUGAGGGAGGAGGUGGUGGUGGUGGUGGAAGUGGGAAUACAUAUGGAAACGAAGAAAUGACAACAACUACCACAGUGGAAGACCCCACAUCUACAAAUUCAUUAUUGAGCGGUGGUUCGUUUAAGCGGCUCAAUCGGGCAGUUGGUCAGCUGCUUGACGACUUCAGUAUGGUGUCAUUUUUGAAGUUAGAUGUUCAAGAUGAGGAUAGCAUUGGUAGUGUGUUGAGUUAUAUCGAUGAUGCGAUACAAUUCCACGAAGCGCAGGAACCUAGGGAGCCUGCUGAUGAGCUGGAGGGGGAUUUUGACGGAUUUGGCUUGGAAAAGAGCCAUAUGCACUAUGAGUUUAAUGAAUCCAACAAAAUCAGGUAUAUAAUGGAAUAA